GCCUGCUUUGACAGCGAGAACGUCAGUACUCACUCAGCGGGAGGCGCGGACAGCGAGGCUGUGAAAGUAUGUGCAUUGUAUAGAAUUGGAUUUGUAUAGUUUCCCGAACCAACACAGAACGAAGCCUGAAAGAUGCAGAUACUGUCACUGCUUGUAUUGUUAGCAGUGUCCAUUGAUGGCACAAAUUCUGCACGUAUCCUGGGUUUGUUCCCUUACCCUGGCAAAAGCCAUUUUAUCAUGUUUGAAGCAUUAAUGAAAGGACUUGCAUUUAGAGGACAUGAAGUUAUUGUGUACAGUCAUUUCCCACAGAAAACACCAAUACCAAACUACAUAGACAUCAGUCUGGUUGGGUCUGUUCCAACAGUAGUUGAUGCAAUUAAAUUAGAAGAUUCAUUUGGCUCAGGUUUUUCAACAGUUUUCAAGCUGAAGGAAAUGGCAAUAACAAACUGUGAAAAUGUUUUAGCAUUUCCACCAGUACAAAAGCUUAUAAACUCAAAGGAGAAUUUUGAUUUAAUUUUCACAGAAGCAUUUAAUACGGAUUGCAUGUUGCCAUUCGUUUACAAAUUUCAAGCACCGCACAUUGCUCUCUGCUCACAUAUACCUAUGCCUUGGCUUGGUGACCGUUUUGGAAAUCCAGAUAACCCUUCUUACAUACCAAACCAUUUUCUGCCCCACAGUGAUCAGAUGGACCUCCCUGAGCGUUUCAAGAAUACAGUAUACUCUGAACUGCAGAAGUGGUACUAUUACAGAUACAUGGAACAACCUACACAUGCAAUAGCUACUAAAUACUUUGGGGAAUCACUUCCACCUUUGCAUGAAAUUGCAAAAAAUACCAGCCUCCUUAUUAUCAACACAAGUCCUGUCCUUAACCUUCCUAGGCCUCAGGUACCAGCUGUCAUUGAAGUUGGAGGGAUACAUAUCCGACCGGCCAAGAAAUUGCCAAAGGACAUAGAGCAAUUCAUUAUUGAAGCAAAGCAUGGUGUCAUCUAUUUUACAUAUGGAUCAACUGUUCGUUCUGAGACAUUCCCUGAAAGCAAAAGAAAAGCUAUUUUGGAUGCUUUUGCAGAACUGCCUCAACAUGUUAUAUGGAAAUGGGAAGCAGAGGAUUUGCCGGGAAAGCCCCCCAAUGUAAUGAUCCGCAGUUGGCUGCCGCAAUUUGACAUUCUCAGUCAUCCAAAUGUAAGAGUAUUUAUGACACAUGGAGGCUUGAUGGGUACUAUUGAAGCUAUAUACAAUGGUGUUCCCAUGCUAGCAAUGCCUCUAUUUGGAGAUCAGCCAAAUAAUGUUGCAGCCUGUGUGAAACGAGGAGUGAGUGUGGUAGUGCCCUACCAAAACAUUACAAAGGAAUCACUGCUGGCAGCCCUGAAAACUCUGUUGAAUGACCCUGGAUAUAAAGAGCGGGCAAUGAAACUGUCUCAGGCAUUUAAAGAUACACCAAUGACACCUCUGGAUACUGCAGUGUUCUGGUCGGAAUAUGUCAUACGGCACAACGGUGCACCCUACCUGCGUUCAGCUGCAGUUGAUCUACCCCGUUACCAGUACCUAUUGCUUGAUUUAACAGCACUUUUGCUACUUGGUACUGUUCUGUCUCUUGUUAUACUUGUAUCCUGUACACGCAUUGUUAGGCACAGUUUUCAAAAACCACAGACAGAAAGCAAAACAAAAGGUAAAAAGAAGAAAGAUCAGUAGAUUUACAGUUUUGGUGGUGAUCAUUGAUGUAAUGACACUUACACGCACACACUACAGUUUAUCAGUUCUAUUUUAACCAUGUUUACCAACCACUUCUCAGAAUUACUAUCAGAGACAUCUCUGCAGAGUGACAAAUUGGCCCCUAACAAUGUCAUUUUAUUGUAGCUGAUGCUAUGACCAAGCCUUCAACCACCAAAUGGUCAGCAGUCUUAAAUAACCUUGGCAUCUAGUCCUGUGAUACGUUUAGUUUCCCAGCAUACCUGAAUUAUAAGAUGCCCUGUAGGUGGCCAUAUGCAGUGUAUUUUGGAGACUGUUUGGCUCCCUUGAAGGAUUUUCCUAAAAAAAAAUGGUUUGAAGCACAGCCUAUAUGCUGAUUAAUCAAUUUUGUGGACUUUACUACAACUCUGCACUUCACUGGAAAAAGC